CCACCCCUCCGCCCCUCCACAGGCCGCCCCUGCCGCCUUCUUCCGCUCACAGGGCUGGAGACUCGCCGAGAGAAAGGAUACGAAAGCGCAAACAUGGGAGUAGAGAUUGAGACCAUAACUCCGGGCGAUGGACGGACAUUUCCAAAGAAGGGGCAGCGCGUCGUUGUGCACUACGUCGGCACAUUAGAAGACGGAAAGAAAUUCGACUCUUCGAGGGACAGAGGAAGGCCUUUUAAAUUCAAGAUUGGAAAUCAGGAGGUUAUCCGUGGAUGGGAAGAAGGAUUAGCCCAGAUGAGUGUAGGUCAACGAGCCAAGCUAAUUUGCUCACCGGACUAUGCCUAUGGCAGCAAAGGGCACCCCGGGGUCAUCCCACCCAACGCCACCCUCACCUUCGACGUGGAGCUGCUGGGUCUGGAAGCCUAAAGCUUGUGCACUCACUUUAAUUCCACUCAAACUUUCAGGGUUGACUCCUAUCUCGGGAACAUGGAGGAAAAUGUUAACAGAUGAUUCCUGCUCUUGAUUCCUGCAUAGGACCUAUGUCUAUAGCUUCACUACUUCACUCUCUUUUCCAUUUAGUUACAAAUUGUGUUAUAUCACUUGCUUUAAAACUUUAUUCUCCAUACUAUAUUUUAGAUUCUAUACAAUAAGUCAUAGACCAUCCCAUCCCAUGUAUGUUGUCAUAUUCUGCUAUGUAUUUUUUUAUUGUGAUUUUUUUUUUUUUUUUUCUCUUUUUUUUUUUGGUUUGUUUUAUUUUGGUCAACAGAUUUACAAACUGUCUGCCGUCAGGACCAGGUUUUAGAUAAAUGUCAUGCAAGUAUUGAAUCAGUCUCAUUCCUGUGGCUCUGUGGCCUUUUCACUAAAAUUGUAUUGAUUGCGGGUAAUGAAUUGUCUUGAUUAAAAAAUAAUAAAUUGUUGUUUCACACAUUGAUAUUUCUAUGAACUACCUUUGUGAUACUAGUUAUUGGGAUAAAGUAUUGACUAUGUUGUAACCAGGGAUUCAUGAAUCAAGCACAUCAUUGCCAUGAAUACAGGUUUCUGAAAAUGUAGAAUUUGCUUUGUCUAUGCUGCAGAAUAAAUUCUUACUAGAGUAAAAUUACUCUACUAAAUGUU